AUGGACACGGUGAUCAGAAGGGGACCUUGGGCGUUUGCGGAUUGUAUGCUCGUGCUCCAGGGAUGGACUCCACUAAUGGAUAUGGAAAUGUUAAACUACAUUCCAUUAUGGAUCCAAAUAAGAGGAAUCCCACUCCAAAUCAUGAACCGAGAGGUUAUUGUUCACAUUGCUCGCGCUCUAGGAGAGGUACAGUUGAAUUGGAAUGUCAAUAAUCCUCUUAAGUUACAGAGGAAUUUCCAAUUCUCACAAGGUGUUAACACCUUUCUGAGACUCCAGUACGAGAGACUUUACGGAUUCUGUGAGACGUGUGGUGUUAUCAUUGAGGAGAUUAAUGAAGAUGCAAAUGAAGAUGUAGCUGCUGAUAAUAAUGUGGCUGAGGGACAAAAUGUGGAGGCAGAGAUGAAAAACGUGCAGGCAGACGCUGAACCUGAGGAUCCAGAGCAGGAAGAGUAUGAAAGGAACAUCAGGGAGAUGGAGGAGGAAGCAGAUGAUGAUUAUUUUUGGAGUGGAGAAGGAAAGCAGACUAUGUUUUCUUCUGAUGUGAAUCGAGAUGAGAUGUACACCCCUCCCUAUCCGUUUAGACAUCGUUUCCACAAGCCUAAUGAAGACAAAGCAUGUUUAAAGCGGAAAGCUUGGCUGACAAGCGCUAAUGGGAACACAAUGAAGUUUUCUCAAGCUGAGAAGGGUGAAACAAGUGGAGCUCACAGUGCCAAGCGUAAGAAGAAGAAUGGGGGUAGAGCAUAG